GAGAACUGGAUGGUCAGCACAAAGUAUUAUCAUCUGCUGCUGGGGAGAGCGAGUGGUCGACUAUCUAGUUGUGUCAAGACAAUUUUAAAGGAGACUUGAAAGUAAACAAAAUGCUUUCAUCUGAUUCCAUUUUUUUCGGCAAACUGGCCAGACGACUUUUUGCGACAAACUCACCCAUUGCAACUCGAUGUUUGCGGCGCUGGACGUCCAGCUUGCUGCGCCCAGGAGCUGAGCUCAACACCAAAUACAUUUGCGACCCUAUAAAUGCUGAUGAAAUCGAGAAAAACAUCAAACUCCGAAAAUGUGACGGUGAUAUUAGAUUAGUGCAUCAGCUCUUCCAUGAGUGGCAAAAUACCCUGAGUGACAAGAUCCGACUUCAGUUUGAAGAGGAGGCGCUCAAAAUUCCAAACCGCACGUUGGAACAUCGUGAAGAAAACAAAUGCCUCAAAAUAUCUGGGCAUCAGAAGCCAGACACAAAACCCCUAGCCGACGUUGCAAAGAAGCACGGCUGGUGCCGGACAAACAACCUCGGAAAUUUUGUUGGCCCGAGAGGUUACUAUUUUUUCGGAGAGCUAGUGGAUCUGCAGCAAGCCCUUGUAAACGUUGUCAUCCAGACUUUGCUCAAGAAAAAUUUCCAGCUUGUGUCCGUGCCAGACAUUCUUCCAGCAGAAGCCAUUGAGAACUGCGGGAUGCCAACCAGGGGAGAAAGAACACAGGUUUUCAGACUAGUUGAGCGCCACGGGAACGACCUGUGCCUGUCCGGAACAGCAGAAAUGGGUCUUGGAGCUCGGUUCAUGGAUACGACAAUAGCGAGGGAAAAAUUGCCCCUCAAAGUGGCUGCAAUUAGUCGCUGCUUCAGGGCAGAAACAGGGAAUGUUGGUGAAGAAAAGGGUAUCUACAGAGUUUAUCAAUUCACCAAAGUGGAAAUGUUUGCCCUGACGCCAGGCGACAUCCAAAGUUCCCAGGCCGUGCAGAACGAAUUCGUCUCCAUCCAGACUCAGCUGAACGAGUCUAUGGGUCUACACUUCAGAUUGCUGGACAUGGCAUCUGACGAGUUGGGCAAGCCAGCUAUGCGCAAGGUGGACCUUGAGGCGUGGAUGCCAGGGCGGCGCAUGUGGGGCGAACUGAGUUCCUGCUCCGACUGCGGUGAUUACCAAAGUAGACGACUUAACAUCCGAGAGGCUGAGUCAGGAUCCUUUGUGCACACGGUUAACGGAACUGCCCUUGCGGUGCCGAGAACCCUGAUGGCGCUGGUCGAGACGCACCAGACUCCGGAGGGGACGGUGGUUGUGCCAGAAAUCCUCAGGAGUGAGUUGGACAGAGAGGUGCUGGGAGCAUCUCCAGUGAAAAUGACUCAUGGGAAAUACAUCCGAUCAUAUGAUGGGAACUAACCGCGUAAAUAAGCAAUUGAAUUUUGUUGUAAACAUUUAUUUUCCGUUUAUAUAAAUCAGCACAUACACA